AUUAAUAAAAUGUAUAAAAGAAAUAAACGGCAUUAAAUCGAAAGAAGUUAAGUUACAUUUACGUGUGACACACACAAAAAAAACAAAACAGAAACAGUGGUCUGAAAAGUAUGUCGUUAAUAAUUUUUACGAUAAGUGGCUCGAACAUGGAAAGGUACGGUCCUGGAAGCUCGUUGACAAAGCUUCUGUACUUCACAGCGUCAUGUAGCAGACGCGCGCGUAUAGUGUUGAAGAACUGAUUGGGAAUGGUAAAGUGAGCGUAAAGCAAGCGACGGCCAUAGUGAAGGUAGGAAUAUGAAAUAGUUGUAGGGAAUGUUGCAGGGAAGGAAAUAGAAUGAUAUCGUAUAGAUAGAUGUACAUUAGGUCUAGGGAUGCAGAUAUUGGGCUGGUCUGAAUAUUUCCAUCACAGUUUGUACACCUUAUAUUCCCGCGCUUGUAAGGUUUUAUUCGUGAUGUAUAUCCCAUGAGACAUGAUGUAGAUAUACAAAAGUGAUGCGCAUGUGUGCGCGCGCGGUAGGAAACGGACGAAAAGCGACGCACGUGUAACCGGUAAUAAGAGUGUACGAGUCAAAGUGGACGGUUUGAUUGGUCGAGGAAAACGUGUGCUGCUACAACUGUUUCGUGAUUCCGCCGUAACAGUGAGCGCGGUGUGCGCAGUGCGCUCCCCACCGCGUGCGCGCUGUGUGUAACCCCCGCAAACGCCAUCUUUGUCAAGUGGGUAACCUUUGUUGAUUUGUGUGAAAUGUGACGCCGUUGUCGCAAGAUAAUUGGUAAUCGUGAUUAAAUAUCCCGUGCAACGGUAUCCAGUGAUCUCUGUGCAUUUCAUUCUGGAUUUACUACAUGGAAUUACCGCGAUCAGGGUCAGCAUAAGAAGCGUGGCGCGACCUUGACGUAUGGAGAUGUGAGGCAGCAUCAAGCUGUAGGAAACAUCUUGGCGAGGCAAAGAGUUGUCAAGCGCGAAGAAUGUGAGUGAGCCGUACCGGGGUGGCUGACUGUAAAAAUUGACCCGGAGGCGUUCGGGCAUUGUCAAUCGGGUGUAUAUAAUCUGGCCUGGUACGUGAACGUCGCCGCCGGUGUCGCCGCCGCCGCUUUCGUCGGCAGACGGCCGACCCUGACAAGCCAUGGACGACCCCGAGUCCGCUGACACGUGGUUGGCCUGGUUCCUGGACGCGAUCCGAAAAAUCCGCAGCCAGAAACAAAGGCCGAGUGUCGAGCGGAUAUGCCACGCCAUUCGUCAACACCAUAACUAUCACGAGGAGGAGAUCGCCGAACACCUGGAAGUCGCGGUGAAACGUGGCGAUGUGCUCAAGAUUUUUAAUAAGGGACAAUCGUCGUACAAAGAUCCGGGUGGCUUGCAGUCGAAGCCGCUCAAGGUAGGCAAAGCUUCGGACUUGAGCAAGGUGCUGAGCAAGGCUGUCAGAGAGUUAGGCGAAAGGGAGGGAUCAACACUGAAGAACAUCGAGAAAUACAUCAGACAGAGUCACACGGUCGAAGAAGAGGCGGAGGGUGAUCUGAGAACGGCGCUCAGGUUGUCUGCUAAAAGGGCAGUAGAUCGAGGGCUUGUGAUCCAGGAUGGCAGACUACUCCGGCAACCGGACAGGCCACCUUGUCUCAAGAAACACGGGGACAACGCUUACGUUUCCCCGCAGGAGCUGCUUGUUCACAAGCUGCCAGCUCCGCUACCGAUCUGCAGAGAAUGCCUUGGCGCGACGAUAGCUGGAAACAAUAACAACACGAAGCGGAACGUGAAUGAGAAGCUGAGCAGGUGUAGCGUAUGUGGCGCAGCUUUACACAAUUCUUGCGCACCACCGGAACUUUCGAUUCUCGUUGACAGAGGUAUAACGUGGUCUUGUGACGAUUGCUCGCCAACGUGUGCCGGGUGUCAAUUGGAACGGGAAUCGCAAAAUUACCUGGUGAAAUGCGCCGAUUGCGUCAAGUGUUAUCAUCCGGCCUGUUUGGACCCGGCGCUUGACAAGAAGAACAAAACACCGUGGAGGUGUCGGCAUUGUCAAACGGCACAUACUCCGGUAUCGAAGGAUGAUAGCAAAAGAAAUAAAACACAGGAGACGGCGAAUUCUGUGGAAAGCACGCCGACCAGCGCGAGGAAGAGACUUAGCAAAUUACGUGAAAAUAGAAAAUCGACAGUGUCCAGGAAGAGCCUGACGGUUUCAACUGCGGUGAAGAAAAGCGGCGCAGGAGUGGCGCAGGUGGACGGCAGCUCGGACGGUAAUGCGGGUGUUGUCUCCCCUCGUCAACCACCUUUGAUUUCCUCUCCCUUACCACAACCCCCCACCCCACUCGCAGGCCAGGGUAGGCUACUAGAAGAGAAAAACGAUCGGAUUUCCAAAGAGAAGCAAAAGUUUUUUAGGCUGAGUGCAUUUAACGCGGAGCACAAUAAGUUGAAGCGGGUGGGGGGCGGUGAGAAGUCGAAAUGUUCGCAGGACGUUAGUCCUAGGUUAACUCGGGGUAACGCGAGCCAGAAGCAGCAAUCCAUGCUCGGUAAAAAGGUAGUAACGCCAAUGUCUAGUAGUAGCAGCAGCAGCGACGCGAGCGAUAGCGAUUCUUCCGACGACUCGAGUGAUACGACCAAUGAUGACGACGAAGACGACGCGGAGGAGGAGGGGAAUGGACAGGGGGGAGAAGAGGAGGAAGAGGUGAAUGGUAAUAGCUCUAGCACAUCCAGCAAUACGUCCACUUCGGACGAGGACGAUGACGAAGACGACGACGACGACGACGACGAAGAAGAAGAAGAAGAAGAAGAAGAGGAGGAUGACGACGGCGAUGAUGGUCACAAAAAACGUCGUGCUGUUGUCGUCGGUAGUAGCGGUGGUGGUGGUGGUGGUGGUGGUGGUAGUGGUGGUAAUAUUACCGGUACCGGUAAUUCUCCCAAGCCGAGAGGUCCGUUCUCUUGUGAUUUGAACGAGGACAAACCUUGGGGUUUCGCCGCAGCCGCGGCUAAACUAAACAUGGAGUCGCCGUUUUUUAGUAACAUUACCAACACCUUUGGUGCGCCGUUACCUAAGCUUGAUGUAAGCAGUACACCGACGUUUGGUCUGCACAUACAGGCAGCCGUUAAUUCGUUCCAUGGAAAGAAGAAACAGAAGAACGAUCGAAGUAUCAGUGGUAUAACGAACAGUUUCACCGAUACCAAUAAGGUUAAGCCUGGUAGCGGCCAGUUGAAAGGUCUGUUCGACGGAUUGAGUCACUUUUUUUCAGUACCUACUAGUAGCAGAGUAAGAUCUAGCGCGUUGACGCCUAAUUACGCGCCCGAUAGAAGGAAGCGGCCUAACGCGGACGACAGCGAGUCUAACAGAACGAGUAAAGUUUCCAAAGGAAUGCAGAUUAAUAAGAUCAAGCGUGACAGCAACGCGGCGUCGUCUGGUUUAGGCAAAUCGAAAGAGAAAAAAAAGACGGAGGCGGGUGGCGACGUGCCGAGGGUUCCUCGGCCUGGCAUAUUCACACCUUCCGACGAAACUUUAUUCAGUUCUCUUAACGAGAAACUACCAAAAAUGACACCGUCGAAUUUAGUUAAAACUGCGGUUAAUAGCAAAAGGCACGAACACGAAAGGAGGAAACUAAUGAAAGAUGACGCGCCGUUAGUGAAGUGUGCGGCUAGCGCAUCAUCGCCAUCGUUGCCACUGCCGUUGUUGUCAUCGUUAUCGUCGUCGUCGUCAUCAUCGUCAUCGUCGUCGUCGUCGUCGUCUUCGUCGUCGUCAUCCUCCUCGUCGUCGUCGUCGUCUUCGUCGUCGUCAUCGUCUUCGUCGUCGUCGUCGUCGUUUCCAUUACCGUUACCGUUACCGUUAUCGUCACCCUUACCGUUACCGUUACCACCGUUGCCAUUAUCAUCAUCAUCACCGUCUACUUUGCCGUUGUCCUCGCUGUCGUCAUCGUCGUCCUCACCAUCAUUGCCGUCGACGUCGUCAAUGCCGGCAUCGGCUCUUAGGCCCGAUCAGCAUUCGCGAAAGAGGAACACACUCGUGGAAGGGAGCCAGACACGCCACCCUGUGCCCGCCGUUUCGAAAUCCGGCCUGAGUUCCGAUUCCGUGAAAUCAAUUCCCAGCCUAAAGUCCAAUCCACGAGCCUGUACUAGCGCCACCACCACCAACACCACCACGACACCCCGCGCGACACCCUGCUCCACCAGGAAGGGUAAGAAUCUACCCCACCCGUUCACGAGUCCUAACCUCGAUGAUGCACCCAAGUCGCAAAGAAGAAUUCCCUCUAAUCUAAUCCUCGCUCACCACCACGUGGAUGUGUUGGCGGUGUGGUGU